UGACGUCGUUCAUAUUUUGGUAAGACAUCCGGAAGUGCAAAAGAAGGCGAAGACCGAUACCCGAAAGGCUGAAGUUUCCCUGACAAGUUUUGCUUUAUUUAGCUACUUUCUUUGCCGACAGUCCGUGAGGAUUUUAACCUCUAAUUGUUGGGUUCGCUAGGAGUCGCCUUAAGAUGCCGAACAUGGAAAAACAGCUUUUCAAUUUAAAGUUCGCUGCCAAAGAACUCCAAAGAAAUUCCAAGAAAUGUGACAAAGAAGAAAAAGUAGAGAAGAAUAAAAUUAAGAAAGCCAUCCAGAAGGGGAAUAUGGAAGUGGCGAGGAUCCAUGCAGAGAACGCCAUCAGACAGAAGAACCAGUCUGUUAACUUCCUGAGGAUGAGCGCUCGGAUAGAUGCAGUGGCAGCAAGGGUCCAGACUGCAGUUACAAUGAACCAGGUCACAAAAUCUAUGGCUGGAGUGGUGAAAGGCAUGGAUGCCACUCUGAAGACUAUGAAUCUGGAAAAGAUUUCAGGUCUUAUGGACAAAUUUGAGCACCAGUUUGAAACUCUGGAUGUUCAGACAGCCCAUAUGGAGGACACCAUGAGCAGCACAACAACACUCACAACACCACAGAAUCAAGUGGACUCGUUGAUGCAUGAACUGGCUGAUGAAGCAGGAUUGGACCUGAACAUGGAGCUCCCCCAGGGACAGACUGGAUCAGUGGGUACCAGUGUGGCCUCUGCAGAGCAGGAUGAACUGUCUCAAAGACUCGCCAAACUCCGAGAUCAAAUGUGAAGGACGACAGCAGUGGACUGGCACCGUCAUGCAGAGCUCCAGAACACUACCUGAAUAUUACUCCCAAACAUCUUUUUAUUUACAUCAGGACUACUUUCCUCCUUACGUCUCGUGUGCUCUCGUGUCGAUGAGCUACUGUGUCAUUGUUUUG